AUGCUCUGGGAGUGGCUAGUGAUGCCUCAAGGGCUAAGUAACCCCCCUGCUACGUUCAACAGAUGUGUUACGAAUCUGUUGCGAUCGGUGCGCGAUUUCGCACCGAGCUACUUCGACGAUGUCUUCGCCCAUAGACGGGCUAUGGAUGGAAAGACGGACGUGGAGGUUCAUAGAAUUUACGUCCGGAAGGUUCUUACACUAAUGCGAGAGCAUAAGUUGUUCGCGAACCUCAAGAAGUGUAUAUUCGCAGCGAACGAAGUACCGCUUCUUGGCUGCAUCGUGGAUAAAGACGGUGUACGCCCUGAUACGAAAAAGAUCAAGGCGAUCAGCGACUGGUCUGUGCUAGUUGAAGUCAAGGUAUUUCGAAAGUUCCUUGGCUUGGCGGCGUACUUGCACAAGUACUCGCGCAACUAUGCCGAGAUGACCGUAUCUCUCUCGUCUGCUAAAGAAAAACGAGAGGUGGUCAUGGAGCGCUAA